AUGUCCACAAACGUCACUGUAGAGCACUGCAAGCUGCAUGCAGGUGACGACAAUGUGGCAAUCACGGGCGGCAGCAGCAACAUACUGCUGAGGGACCUACUGUGCACUGCUGGGCAUGGCAUCAGCAUCGGCGGUCUGGGCAUGGACUGCAGUCAUCUCACCGUGCCAUCGCUUGUCUGUUUUCCUUCCCUACUCUUCUCCUUCACCAGCAUCGGCAGUCUGGGAGUGGACGGCAGUCUGGCGUGUGUGUCGGACAUCCGGGUGCAGAACGUGCAGCUAGCAGCGCUCUCCAACGGGCUGCGCAUCAAAACCUACCAGGGCGGCCAGGGCGCCGUCUGGAACAUCCUCUACGAAAACGUCACCAUGCAGGAUGUUACCAAUGCAAUCAUCAUCGACCAGGUAGGGUUACCAUGUGCGCUCGCCAUGCCUGGUUCCCAUGCGCAGUGUCCAUGUCCUGUUACCGUAACUAUUGCGAUCGGAACAAUGUGGGACCCGCGGGCUGCACAAGCAGCAGCGGCAACGCAAUAG